CAGCCCCGCGGCGCCCUGGGCCAGCAGCCCUCCCUCGCCUCCCGCGCCUUGGCCACUGUCCGUCCUGCACUCGGUCCCCGUUGCUUCAAGUUUCCCGGCGCCAGCUUCCACCUGAGCCCACCCUGCGGUGACGCCCUCAGCGAACCGGCGCCCGCCUCCGCCCCCUCGGUCACCUCUUUCUUGUGCCCUCUCUGCACAGUUCUAGGCUGCUGGGGUCAGGGAGGAGAUGCUCAGGGUCCCUGGGGAGUUUAGUCCUACUCCACUCAGCCACACCCAGCUUUAGACGGCUCUCCGAGCGGCCACUCUUCCGGACUCCUGUGAAGACGCCUUCCAGCCUGUCUUUGCUGAGACCCCCAACCCUAGGUGGUCUCUGGAGGGACUAAGGUCCCUGUGUGUAGGUCACUCAUGGCCAGUCCUCUGACAUUAGUUCUCUGCUUUGCUCUGAUGGUGACAUGGGUCUGGGGGUCCAGUACCCCUCCCACAGGGACAAGCGAGCCCCCUGAUGUGGAAACAGUGGCACCCACGGAGGAGGAUGACACUCUGCAAAACGAGGCGGACAACCAGGAGAAUGUUUUAUCUCAGUUGCUGGGAGACUACGACAAAGUCAAGGCUGUGUCUGAGGGCUCCGACUGCCAGUGCAAGUGCGUGGUGAGACCAUUGGGCCGAGAUGCCUGCCAAAGGAUCAACACGGGGGCUUCCAGAAAGGAAGAUGUCUACACUGUGGAAACCAUCACCUCGGGCUCCUCCUGUAAAUGUGCUUGUGUUGCUCCCCCAUCUGCCGUCAAUCCUUGUGAGGGAGACUUCAGGCUCCAGAAGCUUCGGGAAGCAGACAGCCGGGAUUUGAAGCUGUCCACGAUUAUAGACAUGCUGGAAGGCGCUUUCUAUGGCCUGGAUCUCCUAAAGCUGCAUUCAGUCACCACCAAACUGGUGGGGCGAGUGGAUAAGCUGGAAGAGGAAGUUUCUAAAAAUCUCACCAAGGAAAACGAGCAAAUCAAAGAGGAUGUGGAAGAAAUUCGAACCGAGAUGAAUAAGCGAAGCAGAGAGAACUGCUCUGAAAACCUCCGAGGCAGCAUGCCCGACAUCCGCUCAGCCCUGCAGAGGGAUGCUGCGGCAGCCUAUGCCCACCCAGAGGAACAGUAUGAAGAACGGUUUCUGCAGGAGGAGACCGUGUCCCAGCAGAUCAACUCCAUUGAACUCCUGAGGACGCAGCCGCUGGCUCCCCCUGCAGUGACGAAGCCGCAGCAGCCCCUGCAGAGAGAGGUGUACCUGAGGGGUCGGCAGGCCUCCAAGCCCACCGUCAUCAGGGGAAUCACCUACUAUAAAGCCAAGGUCUCUGAGGAGGAAAAUGACAUUGAAGAGCAGCACGAUGAGCUUUCCAGCGGCGACACUGGCGUGGACUUGCUGAUUGAAGAUCAGCUCCUGAGGCAUGAAGACCUAUUGACAAGUGCCACCCGGAGGCCAGCACCCACUCGCCACGGUGCUGCUGUAACAACUGAUGCAAGUGUCCAGGCCACAUCCUCGUCCUCAGGCCAGGCCUCUGCCUCAGCAGCCCGCCUUGCUGAUCCUGACCAGGCCUCAGCUGGACAGCUCUUGGCAACCACACAAAGUAGAACAGUGUUUCCAGAACCUACGGAGGCGAUGCCUUCUACUCACGUCCCACCCACCACCGUGGCCCACACAGCCAUCCCACCACUUCCAGCCUCCCUUGCUCCAGAAAUGGUUCCUGAGGACACAUUUGUGGAAGCACCACACUUGGUCCCGGGGUUGCCUGACACAGCUGGGACAGACAUGCCUGAGGAAGAGGAGACUACAGGGCAGGAAGCAACUUCUGCUAGCCCUAUCCUGAGCCCCGAGGAAGAAGAUGACAUCCGGAAUGUCAUAGGAAGGUGCAAGGACACCCUCUCCACAAUCACGGGGCCCACCACCCAGAAUACAUAUGGACGGAAUGAAGGAGCCUGGAUGAAGGACCCCCUAGCCAAGGAUGACAGGAUUUAUGUAACCAACUAUUACUAUGGCAACACACUGGUGGAGUUCCGAAAUCUGGAGAACUUCAAACAAGGUCGCUGGAGCAAUUCCUACAAGCUUCCGUACAGCUGGAUCGGCACAGGUCACGUGGUGUACAACGGUGCCUUCUACUACAACCGGGCCUUCACCCGAAACAUCAUCAAGUAUGACCUGAAGCAGCGCUACGUAGCUGCCUGGGCCAUGCUCCAUGACGUGGCCUAUGAGGAGGCCACACCCUGGCGGUGGCAGGGCCACUCGGAUGUGGACUUUGCUGUGGAUGAGAAUGGCCUGUGGCUCAUUUAUCCAGCUCUGGAUGAUGAAGGCUUCAGCCAGGAGGUCAUUGUCCUGAGCAAGCUCAACGCCGUGGACCUGAGCACACAGAAGGAGACCACCUGGCGCACAGGGCUCAGGAGGAAUUUCUAUGGCAACUGCUUCGUCAUCUGUGGGGUGCUGUAUGCCGUGGACAGCUAUAACCAGCGGAACGCCAACAUCUCCUAUGCUUUUGACACCCACACCAACACGCAGAUUGUUCCCAGGCUGCUGUUUGAGAACGAGUAUUCCUACACCACCCAGAUAGACUACAACCCCAAGGACCGCCUCCUCUAUGCCUGGGACAAUGGCCACCAGGUCACCUACCACGUCAUCUUCGCCUACUGACACGCCUGACCCCACAAAGAGAAGCGCAGAGGGGCCACUAGCACCUUGUGUGUGUCUGUGUGCAUGUCUGUGUGUGCGAGUGUGCAGGUGGGUGUGUGUUGGUUUAAAAUCUAUAUUAUUUUGUAUAAUAUGACAAAUGUAAAGUGACAGUUUGGGUCUUAUUUUUUUUUAUAUGGAUUGUAGAUCAAUCCAUACGUGUAUGUGCUGGUCUCAUCCUCUACAAUGUAUAUUUUUGUGCAAAUGAACUUCUCCUUUUGACCAGUAACCUACCUUCCUUCGUGCUCGAACCUCUAACUCCUGAGCGCAAGGUGAAGGGUUUCUUCCUCUGGGUCUUGGAGCCAGACUGUGUCAGGAGCAGGAGUGAAGGGCUCAAGAAAGAAGUGCUAAGUGGCGGGAAAUUUUUUAAUGUAUUAGAGAAGUUCUUAAAACUUGAGAAAAAAAAUGUCUUUUUUUUUUUAAUAAAGGAGAAGUUUUAAAAUC